CACACAACGACUGUCAUCCGUGACCUCUGACCUCGACACUUCCUCCGCUCCUCCCACCGCCACACCGGAAACAUGGGGAGGAAAAAGAUUCAGAUUCAGAGGAUCACAGACGAACGCAACAGACAGGUGACGUUCACCAAGCGGAAGUUCGGCCUGAUGAAGAAGGCGUACGAGCUGAGCGUCCUGUGCGACUGCGAGAUCGCCCUCAUCAUCUUCAACCACUCCAACAAGCUGUUCCAGUACGCCAGCACCGACAUGGACAAGGUCCUGCUCAAGUACACCGAGUACAACGAGCCGCACGAGAGCCGGACCAACGCCGACAUCAUCGAGACGUUGCGAAAGAAAGGCUUUAACGGCUGCAACAGCCCCGAGCCCGACGGCGACGACUCCAUCGACCAAAGCCCGCUAAACGAAGACAAGUACCGCAAGACCGAGGACCUGGACAGCCUCUUCAAACGCUACGGCUCCACAGUCCCACAGCCCACCUUCUCCAUGCCAGUCACCGUGCCAGUAUCCAAUCAGAACGCGGCAGCGGCGGCAGCCCUCCAGUUCAGCAACAACCCCGGCGGCGCCCUGGUCACCACCACCUCCUUCGUCACCUCCACCCUCACAGACCCCCGCCUCCUGUCGCCACAGCAACCAGCUCUGCAGAGGAACACCGUGUCGCCAGGGUUACCACAGCGACCAGCCAGUGCAGGUGCUCUGCUAGGAGAUCUGGGGAAUUCAAACGGAGCGUGCCCGAGUCCAGUCCCUAACGGCUACAUCAGUGCCAGGGCCUCCCCGGGCCUCCUCUCCGUAUCCAACGGCAACAGCCUGGGGAAAGUAGUCCCGGCGAAGUCUCCGCCUCCGCCCAGCCCUCAGAUGGUCAACAGCCGCAAGCCGGACCUCAGGGUCAUCACCUCGCAGAGUGGCAAGAGCCUGAUGCAGCUGAAUGCUCAGCGGCUAGGCGGAUCCCAGGUGGCACAGCCACUCACCACCCCGGUGGUCUCCGUGGCAACACCCAGUCUCCUAGCGCCCUUCUCCGGCAUGCAGACGGCCUACAACACUGAGUACCAGCUGACAAGUGCAGAUCUCACAGCGCUCCAGACGUUCACACCACCAGGGCUGGUGCCUGGCAACAUGGCUGCCUGGCAACAGCAACAGCAACCAGCAGUCUCCCAGCAACAGCAGCAGCAGCAGCAACAGCCGCAGCAGCUGAGCUUGGCGUCGCUCAGUAACUUGGUCAUGUGGGGUGCAGAGAAACAGAAUGCGGAGAUGGUUAACUGCAUCUCCAAUUUUGCUGCUAACCUGAGCUUGGCCUCUCAGUCCAACUUGCUCUUUGGCAGGGAGGAGGGCCUCUGCUGGCCGGUGGGCCACAUACCUCAGGGCGCCGCACUGACAGUCAACACGAACCCCAACGUCAACAUCAAGUCCGAACCCGUCUCGCCAAACCGCGACCGCAGCACCCCCAGCUCCACCAGCGGCGGGGGAGGCGGAGGGGGGGGCCAGGGUCAAGUCCAGGGACAAGGUCUGGUGUCGGUCGCCUACCCUGGCACCCUGCGCCUGGAGGCGGGAGGUCAGGGCCGCUCGCCCGUCGACAGCCUCAGUAGCAACGGCAGCUCGUACGAGGGCAGCGACCGGGACGACGGCACCCAGGGUCGAGCCGGGGGUCCGGACUUCCACCACCAGGCCGGCGCCGGGGCCCAGCAGCCCACCAUGGUCCUCAUGCGGCCCCCGUCGGCCGAGCCCCAGGAGCAGGACGGGACCAACGUCAAGAGAAUGAGACUGGACGCCUGGGUCACAUAAAGAGAUGACGAGAGAGGGAUGGACGGACAGAUGGAGG